AUGAUCUUUCGUUAUCAAAGAUCAAAUUUCGAAUACAGAUUCAAUCUCCUAAAAUCUAUCUAUCUAUCUAUCUAUCUAUCUAUCUAUCUAUCUAUCUAUCUGUGUCUGCUAAUAUCUAAUCUGCUAAUAUAUAAGAUGACUAAUAUCUAUCUAUCUAUCUAUCUAUCUAUCUAUCUAUCUAUCUAUCUAUCUAUGUCUACUAAUAUUAUCUCAUUUUGUUCAUAUCUAUCUUACUUGAGCUUAUUCAAUAAUAUCACACAUAUCUAUCUAUCUAUCUAUCUAUCUAUCUAUCUAUCUAUCUAUCUAUCUAUCUAUCUAUGUCUACUAAUAUUUAUCUAUCUCUUUCUGUUCAUUAUGUAUGUAUGUAUCUAUCUAUCUAUCUAUCUAUCUAUCUAUCUAUCUAUCUAUCUAUCUAUCUAUCUAUCUCAUUCUGUUCAUAUCUAUCUAUCUAUCUAUCUAUCUAUCUAUCUAUCUAUCUAUCUCAAUAGACUUGCAACAUUGCAUAUGUGUGAAAUAACUAUCAAUCUGUUCCUAUCUAUCUAUCUAUCUAUCUAUCUAUCUAUCUAUCUAUCUAUCUAUCUAUCUAUCUAUCUAUGA